CUCGAAUAAAACUGAACGCGACGCAACAAUUCAAAUCAGUCAAUUUAAGAAAAUCGAGCGUGUGUUUUGUUCGCUUUGUGUGUCGCCGCGUCGCGUCCGAUGGAUAUCGGAGUGAUUUCGCCUGUAUAACAUUCGUUAAAAAACUGAUUUCUGAAUCAAUAAACUUUUUGACCGCCAUGGCGAACUCAAUAAUGAGAUUGGGACUACGUUCCGUGAUUAACUUGGAGAAGAGCGCGGGUGUUAUGUUUUUACCCAGUGUUAAAAUCCAAUAUAAGUUAAUUCACACGAAACCAACGUGCAACGGAUCGGUGUGUCACCUGGAAGACAGACCGCGACACGUCAAACGUGAAUCGCGGGAGCUCACCGAGUUGCCCCACAGCUCAUUAAGACGUUGUUACAGCAAACAGCAUGGCCGACCGGAAAUAGACAGAAGGAAACAGCCCGAUUCGGAAUCUGAUUCCGACUCUGACACCGAGUGUAAGGGGCUGGACCGGUCUGAGUUCUGGCGCCGCAAGAUGCGUACCGUCCACAACAUCUUAGACGUGGACAAGGACGGGCUGAUCUCGUACAACGACUUCUUGCUGUUCGCUGAAAGGUUCAAGUCUCUCGGCCACCUCGACGCGAAGCAGGCGAAGGAAUUCACCGACAUCAUCAAGAUGACAUGGGAGCAACAAUGGGGCACCAUAGACCCGUACAAUUUCGUGACGGUGGAACAAUACUUGGAGGACAUGCAUCACGUCCUCAACGACAAGACUCUCAAGAAGAAGGCUCACCGCUGGCUGCCUUAUCUAUUCAAGGCCGUCGACGCAGAUCGCUCCGGUUACAUAUCGGUCCGUGAGUUCAAGUUGUUCUUUGAAUGUCUCGGACUGACGAGCGAGCACGCGGCCGUCGCCUUCGCCGGCAUCGACGUUAACGGGGACGGCAAGGUGUCCCUUAAGGAGUUCGUCCAGCUCGGCAAGGAGUUCUUCCACACUGAAGACGAGACCAGAGUCUCCAAGAUGUUCUGGGGACCACUCACCGACGUUUAAGACUCAUACUUAAGACUCAAACAAUGACUUAAAAUAUUACUUCACAGCACUCACGACCCGCGUGUCACUAACGCCCUCCCGGGGAAAACAAUCCGAAUUUAUUAUAAAGUUUUAACGCAUUACCGGAUAAACCAAAAUAUAAUUUGACAAUAUCAAUAUCGUUAACUUAUCGAAACAAAUAUUUCAAGAAAUGCGACCUUUAAAAAAAAGCUUUUUAUCUGCCUACCCACUAGGACUUUAGAGCCUUAGACCUUAGAACUUAUAUCUCAAGGUGGGUGGCGCAUUUACGUUGUAGAUAUCUAUGGGCUCCAAUAGCCACUUAACACCAGGUGGGCUGUGAGCUCGUCCACUCAUCUAAGCAAUAAAAAGCAAACAGCCUCAACUGGAUCGUGACUUCGCCUGCCAUGACACAAGAAUUAAAAAAAAAUGCGUCGAUUUAGAUUCUAUUAUACUUUUUAACUCGACCGGAUAAUAUUCAUUUUUAAAAUUGUUUAGUAAAUGUGGUCAUUGAAUUUUUCACAUUUCUUGAAAUUUUAUUUUAGUUUUUAAAUAAAAAAUACAUAUUACGACUUUUAAUUAACUAUAGAUUGACGGUAAUCUUUAGUGUUUUAGUUUUUUUUUUAUCUUUUUAAUUUCGUUCGCUCUUUGACUGUAGUAAAUAUAAAAAAAAAAUAUAAUUGAACAAGUGUUUUAAAAUAUAGCUCACUAAUUUUUAAUUUACUGAAAUUUUAUACUUUUUCACCGCAGAAGCUAAAAGAAGCUACAGUAGAACUAACCCGCAGUAAGUCUACUUUAUUAACUUUAGUUGACUAAUGUUAAUGUAUAAACUGUAAUUAUCAUUAUAGAGGGGUGAAAAUUUAUUUGGUUUUUCGCUUAAUACGCGACAAUUUAUCUUUAUAAUUAAAGGUGCGUUUUAUUUGGUAUUAGCAUCAGCAGUUUUAUAUUUUUAUUUGAACUUUAAUUAAGUUUACCCUAUUUAAAUAUGGCGCAUUGGUGGCGCAUUUACGUUGUAGAUGUCUAUGGACUCCAGUAACCACUUAACACCAGGUGGGCUGUGAGCUCGUCCACCCAUCUAAGCAAUAAAAAAUAAAAUAAGAAGUUUUUUGUUAUGAUAUUUUUUCCGAAUUUUAAACUAUAUAAUAUGGCAUUUCUUUAAUUGAACUUCAAUUAAAUUUACUCCAUUAAAAAAAAAUAUAUACAUAUGACAUUUUUAUUAAUUUUUAACUUGAAAUGCCUCUCCUGUAAAGUUGCAAAAAUGUCGAUUAAACCAAAUAAUCUUUCAGUCCUCAAAAUGAUAAUAAUGAUUUACUUUAUUUACCUGAAUGUAUUGUGACGAUGUUCAAUAUAUGGAAUCUCAAUAAAAAUUAAAAAGACA